GAAACACCCCGUGGUACGAAGACCUCUAUCGGAAUGAGAAGACCCCUGCCAAAACGGGACAAACGUCGGCACAAGCCCGCCACGACCCUCUCACAUUCAUUAACCAGUCACUAUCGACCAAACGUGCCUGUCCUGCGGGGACCACCUCUCAGCAGAGAGCCGGUGAAUGCAUACCCACACGCAAACGCAGCCGACGGAGAAGCACAAGCGGGGACUCUGAUCUAGGCACAGACACCGACACAGACACAGACACAGACACGACGAAUGGAGAGGGGCACAGACACGCACGGAGUGGGAAACACGCAUCCAAGAGAAGACGGAGAGAGUACGGCCGGAGUAAGAGCAGGAGCAAGGUUGACAGCCAGAGCAGCGGCGACGAAAGGAGGAGCAAGAGCAGGAGCAGAAGGAAACAUAAGAGUAGGAGUGGGAGUAAGAGCAAAAGCAGGAGCAAAGGCGAGAGAAAGGAUAAAAAUGAGCGCAAGACGUCACAUCGUACCAACGGACAUUCUCAUGGCUACCAACAAAAGGCCGACAAAGCAGCUGCCUUGGCACGAAUGAGGCAAGAGAGUGCCUUGAGGGUCGCUGAGGACAGAAAACGUUUACGGGAACUGGUGCAGGCGGACAUGCCUGUUCAGGAAAGCACAGGAUAUCACUCGCAAUUCAAUCCCGACCUCGCAAGGCAAUCCAAGAGGCGGUGACAGAAAGUAAAACCUGGUUUAAAAUUCGAGUCAAAACCGGGUCCAUCCAUGUGGACGUUCAUAUGUACCUACAUGUUGUGAAUGCG